AUGACAGACGGCCGCUCUCUCUGCCCCUCCAGCCGCGCGCAGGCCCGGCGCCAGCAGGACCUGGGACCCGAGUCUGCAGGAGGAGCGAGCGAGGCCAUGGCCAACCUCUCGGCGGGGGCCGGCUUCAUCCUGCUGCAGCUGUCGGGCUCCCCGCGCCUGCAGCUGCUGCACGGCUGCCUCUUCCUGCUCCUGUACCUGCUGGCGCUCGCGGGCAACCUCCUGGUGGCCGCCCUGGUGUCCCUGGACGCGCGCCUGCACUCGCCCAUGUACCUCCUCCUGAGGCAGCUGUCCCUGCUGGACGCCGGGCUGGUCUCCGUCACGGUGCCCAAGUCCGCGCUGGGCGCGCUGGCCCACAGCGCCGCCAUCUCGCGGCCGGGCUGCGCGCUGCAGGUGCUGCUGGUCAUCCACUUCGCGGGGGCGGAGCUGCUGCUGCUCACGGCCAUGGCCUACGACCGCUACGCCGCCAUCUGCCGCCCGCUGCACUACGAGGGCGCCAUGAGCCGCGCCGUGUGCGCGCGCAUGGCCGCCGCGUCCUGGGCGCUGGGCGGCGUCUUCGGGGGCCUGUACGCGGGCGGGACCUUCUCCUUGUCCUUCUGCGGCCCGCGGACGCUGCCUCAGCUCUUCUGCGACGUCCCGUCCUUGCUGAGGAUCGCCUGUCCGCAGAGCCACGUCACCAUCGACGCCAGCGUGGCCGCCGGGGUGCUGUACGCCCUCUUCUGCCUCGUGUCCGUCGGGCUCUCCUACGCGCACAUCCUCAAGACUGUGCUGAGGGUCCCCUCGCUGCAGGGACGCGCAAAGGCCUUCUCCACCUGCGUCCCCCACCUGGCGGUGGUCACCACCUUCAUCGCCACCGGCACCGCGGCCUACCUGAAGCCCGUGCCCGAGCGCCCCUCGCCGCUGGACGUCCUGGUGUCCAUGUCCUACUCCGUGCUGCCCCCCACGCUGAACCCCGCCAUCUACAGCCUGAGGAACCGGGAAAUCAAGGCGGCCGUGGGAAGGCUGCUGCGGCGCCUCUGCCAUGACCCACGCUAG